UCAAAAAAGAAAGGCUAACAAAAAAAACCACCUCCACCCUUUUCUCAAACUCACCCACUCCAAAAAAGAAGAAAAGAAACUCCCAUUUGAUCGUUACUUUGGCUUCCCCUGGCACUUUCCUUCUCUCCUGCAUGGUCUGGGACACCCCAUGUUUUGUUCUUGCCAGUUUGUACCUUAAAACUUUGACUUUCCUACCAAAUAUAAAAAGAAAAAAGCAUGGUGCGAGCAGGGGAACAAGAGCAGCAGGAAGGUUACAAGGCCAAAUUGUUUAAUUUUAGAGGGAUAUUUGAGGGCACUGGGAGGCACACUAAGAGCCUGAGCGUUGACAUUGCUACCUCAUUGGAACCAACAGAAGAUGGGGCAGCCUCAUCAAGAAGUCAAGGAUCAAGGCCUCUAAAUGAUUUAGAGAAGAUUCCCAAAGCAAAGGUAAUGAGCAAGGAGGAAAUCGCAGUCAAGGAAGCCAAAGACAAGCUAAUGCAAGAGAUGGAACAGAUGAAGGAGAGAUUUGCCAAACUGCUGUUGGGUGAGGACAUGUCCGGUGGAGGAAAGGGUGUUUCGUCUGCUUUGGCACUGUCAAAUGCUUUCACAAACCUUGCUGCUUCUAUUUAUGGUGAACAAAAGCGCUUAGAACCAAUGCCGGCAGAAAGGAAAGCAAAAUGGAAAAAAGAAAUUGAUUGGCUUUUGUCAGUCACGGAUUACGUUGUUGAAAUGGUUCCUUCACAACAAAAGUCCAAGGAUGGUACAAAUAUGGAGAUUAUGACGACACGGCAACGAACGGACCUCCACAUGAAUAUCCCCGCCUUGCGCAAGCUUGAUGCGAUGCUUAUUGAAUGUCUGGAUAACUUUAAAGAUCAAAAUGAGUUCUAUUAUGUGUCAAAAGAUUCAGAAGAUUCAGAUCAAGACAGUGCAAAGAAAAAAAAUGAUGAUAAGUGGUGGUUACCUACCCCUAAGGUUCCCCCAGAAGGUCUAUCUGAUGGGGCUAGAAAAUUUCUGCAGUAUCAGAAAGAUUGUGUUAAUCAAGUACUUAAAGCAGCCAUGGCAAUAAAUGCCCAAAUUCUAACAGAAAUGGAGAUCCCUGAAAGCUAUAUUGACUCAUUACCCAAGAAUGGAAGAGCAAGUCUAGGGGACUCCAUAUACAGGAGUAUAACUGUUGAAUUUUUUGAUCCUGACCAGUUCCUAUCAACCAUGGACUUAUCAUCAGAACAUAAAAUCCUGGAUCUCAAGAAUAGAAUUGAAGCAUCAAUAGUGAUUUGGAAGCGAAAAAUGAACCAGAAAGAUUCAAAAUCUGCUUGGGGUUCUGCAGUGAGUUUGGAAAAAAGAGAGCUCUUUGAAGAGAGAGCAGAAACCAUAUUACUUCUCUUAAAGCACCGUUUCCCUGGCCUUCCUCAAUCAUCAUUGGAUAUAAGCAAAAUCCAAUACAAUAGGGAUGUAGGGCAAGCUGUUCUAGAAAGCUAUUCAAGAAUAUUGGAAAGUUUGGCCUUUACAGUACUUUCAAGAAUAGAUGAUGUACUCCAAGCAGAUUUUCAAAUUCAAUCUCAAAAUCUACAGGGAAGAAGGAUGAGCUCAGUUUCAAGGCCGAGUCCUAGAGAAGAAACAGACAAAGGUAGUGCAGAAGCACCGGGUGCAAUGACAUUAUCAGAUUUCAUGGGUUGGGGUGCCGAUCCAGGUGACUCAGAAAUGAAGAAGCAAGAAUCCUUCGCAGUUACAGAUGAGUUUUUCAAAGACGAUGAUGAUCCAAAGCAACAAAAACUUCCAGCCGUAGUGACCAACAAGAAGGGGUCAUAUCUUGAGAACUUGGGAGUCAUGAGAAGCCCAACAUCGCGUCAUUAGACUCAUAGAGGUGUUUGUUGGAGACUUGAGAAUUGAGACUCUUUCCUUUUGUACAUAGGAAUGAACAUACAAAAUCAUCGGCUUUGAAGCAUUGUCAGAGAGAUACUAUCCAUAUAAGAUAAGAAGGAUUUGUAGUUUGGUAGCUACAGAGAUGGGAUUUUUUGACGAUACCUACCACAAGAUCAUGUCUGUCGUUCCCCGUGUCCUUUUAACUCACCUUUCCUUUCUGUGACAGUGUUAAUGUAGAGAUCAUGCUGUAUUAAUGUCACACCAAUCUGUGUAACAUACAACUUGUACUAGUUUUGCUUUCCAUGAAUUAGGAUCAUCACAAGGAAAUGGAGUUUGUGAAUAAAAUAUGGCCAAUCGGCUCAACUCAUAACAUCAACUGCAUUAAUUAAAAGAUCUUGAGUUUCUAAUUA